CCCUAAAUUAGGUUGAUUUUAUGUGGGCAAAUAUUCUUCCCAGGAGCUCGUCCUCUCGCGAUGAAAUGGGGGCGAUCUCGGGCGCUGCCGCCAAUGCAGCGCGAUCCAAGCUGCCGCCGCUGCUGGAUUUGCGCCUGGAUCGGAAGGUAUACAGGCCAGGUGAUGCUGUCACCGCUACGGUCGAGAUUUCCAACCCUGCCAGCGCUUCCGAUGGCGGCGACUUGAUUUUGGUGGAAGAAUUUGCCGUGGAGGUGAGAGGGACGGAGAAACUGGAUCCGCAAUGGAUCGUCACUCCAAAGCCUCCCGGAUUGAAGCAAAAGAGAGGCGAACGGAUCUUUCUGGAAUCUUGCGGACCUUUGGUUAGUGGCGUCUUCGUCGAGGGCGGAUUGACGAGAUCAUAUCUUGUACGCACGGUUCUACCAAAGCUUCUUCCUCCGUCCUUCAGAGGCACAGCAGUACGAUACUUUUACCAUCUCACCGCAACUAUUCGGUGGAAAUUUGUUGCCACUGAAAAUGGUAGUUCAUCGGUACAAGCUGCUCUUCCGCUGGAGAAGCGCAUUCCCAUAACCGUUUGGACGAUGCCUAACAACAGUGGACUUUCAGCUGAGCUCAACGAAAGCCAUAAAAAUGGCGGCAUUGUUCCAUCGUCUCUUGUGGAGGCAGAAUUGCAGUGGAAAGAAAAUAGCGCCUACUCAGAAUGGACGGGGACGGCUAGUACUUUCUCAGGUUUAGAAGACGAUAUAUCUAGUCAAGGAUCCGAAAGUGUUUCCCAUAGCCCGAAGGGAAGUCUGGAGAACAACUUUGAUCGGCUGGUGCUCCAGUCUCCUGCAUUGACUCCAAGGACGCAGCCGAGAAGCGAAGAGUCAAAUCGACCAGCAUUGAAGAAGCAGAUAUUGAUGGCAUCUUUUUCAGACGAAAUCCCGAAACAUUCUCAAAGGACACUGGACACAUCGCUCUCUGGGAAUUGGAGCCCAUGGAAUCGGUUCCCGAUGGAUGGUUUUCCAAGUGAGCAAGAGGAUGACUCGAGAACCGACUCCUCCCCAGGCCACGUGAAGGGGAAAGCCUACAACAUCAGGCUUGGCAAUCAGGUUCUUGUGCGUAUUUCACCCAAGAAUCCUGAUGCGGUUCAUUACUUUGGAGACACUAUUGCUGGAGUUAUCAGCUUUCCAGAAGAAAGUGAUUCUCGAAAGUGCUUAGAGGUUUCAGUGGUGCUGGAGAUUCGCGAAGUACUCAACGUUUUGCAUUUGCAUCCUUCCCGGAAGAACUCGCAAGUCAUAUCCAAGAUUCAAUCCGAGUAUCACGAAGUUGUCGCGGAUGUUUCACAAACGCACUUCCUUUUCUCCAUCCCUCUAGAUGGCCCGGCUUCCUUCUCAACUCCUCACGUCACGGUACAGUGGGUUCUUCGUUUCGAGUUCGUGGCCACUCCAGGGAAUGUUGAGUGGUCGAAGUACGCACAUCCUCUCGAGAUCAAAGACAGGGAGACGGGAGAGUGGACGCUGCCCAUCACUGUUCAUGCUCCACUGCCCCGGACGCACGGAGUAAGGAAGGACAGGCCAGUAGCUUCACUGAGAGAUUUUUGGCUUCAAUCCCCCAAGGCAUCGGACUGGGUUGGCACUCCGCUGGGCUCACCGAUUUUAGCCGGCCCGUCCAACGGUCACUUCUGAGGAAAUAGAGAAUGUCUAUUUCUUUUUUCUCCAGAGAAUGUGUCCUCGUCUAAGAGUUCGUGGUGUGUCACCAAAUAGCCUUUGUUGAAGCUCUUGGCAUUUAGUAACUGGUAUCUUGUCCUUCAAGUA